AUGGGAAGGAAGGGAAUCGGUUGUGGCGCGGUGACGAUGGGCUUGCGACGGCGGUGGUUUGUACUCCUUCUUGUGGGGACCACCCUCUUCUUCCUCGGCACCGCUUUCUAUCUGCCCACGGAGCACGGCCGAGUGAGGCCCAACGCCGCCCAGUCGAGCGUAGACUACGCAAGAAAGAUGACGAAGGCCGCGCCCAACGCGAUGGCCGAGCUGACGCAGGAGCAGCGACGGCAGCUCCAGGAGCGACUCGACCGGGAGCUGCGUGCGGUCGAGGCCGACCACGAUAGCAUCGUCCACGCCAUGUAUCCCCACCCCGAGAACGGCACCUGCUUCGGCGAGAUCAACAUCAUCACCCAGGUGUGCUCCUUCACGCCCCUUCCUUCGCACCCGCUCCUUCGCCUGCUUACGCCGUACGCCGUCGAGAAGGGUCCGCUCCACCGGCGUCGGCGGCAGGAGGAGUACCUCGACACGCUGCGCAAGAAUCUGAGAAAUCCGCACGUCAGGCGGAUCCACCUCCUGCUCGAGCGGGAGAGCGACCUGGAGUUCAUCCUGGCCCAGGGCAUGCCCGACGUGUGCGGCAAGCUGCAGCCGGUGCCGCUCGGCCGCUGGAUGCACUACCGCGACGCCUUCGAGUACGCCGCGACGAAGCUGCCCGGCGAGCUGUGCAUGAUCAUGAACGCCGACAUCUACCUCGCCCAGGGCUGGCAAUUCGCCACCAAGGCCCUCUUUGAGCGCAAGACCGUACCCCAUGUGUACGUGCUGGCGCGGUGGGAGGGGCCGUCGGUGUUCUGCGUGGAGAAGCCGGAGGACAGCUGCACCACGCGGGCGCGGGUGGGGUCCUACGACGCCUUCGUCUUCCUCUCGCCGCUCCCUCUCGACGAGGGCGACCUCAAGGCCAUCGACUACCAGCAGAACAUAUGGGGCGCCGAGAACCGGGUCCUCAACGUCCUCCACAUGAACCAGAUUGGCGUGAGCAACCCGUGCAAGAUACUGCAGGUGGGGCACAACCACUGCGACGCCUUCUUCCGACCACAGCAGGGUAUGCACGAGGGCCAGUAUCGCGUGCCAGCGGGAAGAGCCCACAUGGCGCCCUACUCCGCCACCCUGUAA